AUGACGGCAGACAGGGAGAGGAGGAGCUCUCUCCCCCUCAGGGCUGUGAGCCGUGAGGCGGCGAGGAGGCGACGCAGGGUGGAGUCAGACGUGCUCUCUGACUUGUCCCUCCUCCUGCCCCUCCACCCCUCCGUCCGAGCCCACCUGGACAAGCCCUCGGUCAUUCGCCUCACGCUCAGCUACAUACGCAUACACACACUGCUGGCAGGCGCUCAGAUGGAAACCAGUCAAACAGUGAAAUACAGACAGCCGGUGGAGGAGAGGCCACACCUAGAGAGGAGAGCGCAGGACGGAGGCCGCAACGAGGAGGGGAAAGAGCUGGAGGAGCUGGUGGCCGUGGAGGAGACGGAGAUGUACAUGAGGAUGAUGGAGGGCUUUCUGAUGGUGGUGUCAGCUGAUGGAGACAUGAUCUUCCUGUCUGACAAUGUCAGCAAGCACAUGGGCCUGACGCAGACUGAGCUGAUGGGACACAACAUCUAUGAGUUCACCCACCCUUGUGACCACGAGGAAAUGAGAAACAACCUACGUCUAUCAGCAGAUGUUGGCUGGCGCGGCGCUGAGAGAAACUUUGUCAUCAGGAUGAAGAGCGCUAUGGCACACAGAGGAAGAACCGUCAACCUCAAGUCGGCCACCUGGAAGGUUCUGCACUGUCAGGGCCGUGUGAAAGUGUGUGUCGCCCCCUCUUCAGUCUCCUGCCUGCUGCUAACCUGCCGGCCGCUUCCCCUCUCACACACACUCCUCAGCACACACACCUUCACCAGCCAACACAGCAUGGACAUGAAGUUCACACACUGUGAUCGCAGUGUAACCGCACUUUUAGGAUACAGUCCCGAGGAGCUCCUGGGCCGCUCCAUCUAUGAUCUCUGUCACACACAGGACAUGAACUGCCUGACCAAAAUGCAUGUGAACUUAUGUUUGAAGAGCCAGUCAGUGAGUGGUCAGUACCGGAUGCUGGUGCGAGGUGGAGGUUACGUCUGGGUGGAGAGUCACAGCGCUGUCAUCCCCAGUGUCCGUCCCUCCAGGUCCAACCCCAGCAGCGCCCAGCAGCCCCUCUGCAUCCUCUGUGUCACCUAUGUCCUCAGUGGAGUGGAGGAGCCGUCCCUGCUGCUUUCCUUGGACCAGACUGUCCAUCGAUACGCGAGAUGAAAUUGGCAUCGAGAAUCUCAAGGGAGCCAAACUAACUCUCUGCUCUACCUCCCUCUGUAAAUCCUGAAAUGCCUUUCAUUGUACUAAUUUAAUAUAAAAAAGCAACAACAAAUAAUAAAA